AUGAGAUCCCAAGUUCUUCCGCUGGUGCUGGCUCUAAAGGCUGUGACAGGUGUUGCCGCACAAGUCAAUUAUGAUGGCGCAAAGGCAUUCCGAAUCCCAACUGGCCAGGAUAUUACUCAGAUCAAAGCAGUGAUUGACAAGCUUGAACUUCCCGUUUGGAAGGGGGCCGCAUAUGGCGUUCCAAACCCCAAUGGCAAAGUUGACCUUGUGGUCCCAGCCGACAAGCUGGCAGAAUUCGAGGGACUCUCCGAUGGUAUGAACGUAGAAGUACUGCACACCGACCUGGGGGCGUCAAUUUCUGAGGAGAAUGGAGUUCAACAAUAUGCAGCCGGAAAGCUAAAUAUAGAUUACUACAAGGCUUAUCACCCAUACGUGGAUCAUAUCCAGUAUUUGAACGAUUUACAUGCGUUGUAUCCAAAUAAUUCCGAGAUUGUUGUCCCUGGUGAAUCUGUUAAUGGCAAUCCGAUUACUGGAAUCCACUUCUACGGGAAUGGUGGACCCGGGAAACCAGCUGUUGUUAUCCAUGGCACUGUUCAUGCUCGAGAAUGGAUCACAACUAUGACCGUCGAGUACUUGGCUUACAAUCUUCUUUCAAACUAUACUACCAAUGCGGAGAUUAAGGGAUUUGUUGACAAGUUCGAUUUUUUCAUAUUCCCCGUGGUCAAUCCAGAUGGAUUUAUUUAUACCCAGACAAAGGACAGACUGUGGCGCAAGAAUCGUCAGAAUUCUACUGAAAGCACGUGUGUCGGCCGUGAUAUCAAUCGGAAUUGGCCGUACAAGUGGGACACUCCUGGCGGCGAAGUUGCUGGUGAUGCACCGGAAAAUUUAAUUCUCAGAAAACACAUCGACACCCUAGCCGCCAAACAAGGUGUCCAUCUAUAUAUCGAUGUCCAUUCCUACAGCCAACUCUUCAUGACCCCAUAUGGCUACUCCUGUAGCGCCCUCCCAACAAACAAUGACCACUUGCAAUCCCUCGCAAAAGGCACCGUCAACGCAAUUGGCGCUGUCUACGGGACCAAAUACCAAUACGGCCCCAUCUGCACCACCAUCUAUCAGGCAACUGGCUCGUCUGUUGAUUAUGUCAAUGAUGUGACGAAGGCAACCUAUGCGUUUACUAUCGAGCUACCGGAUACGGGAGGACAUGGUUUUAUUUUGCCACCAUCUAUGAUUCUCCCAACGAGCUUGGAGACGUAUCAGGGGUUCCGAUAUCUGUUCCAGAAUAUUUAA